AAAAAAAAGCGUGCUCGCCAAGAUUUUAUCCAAAAAAAAAAAAAGCGUGCUCGCCAAGAAAUAGACUUUUCGACCUCCCUGAAGCUCUUCAACACUUGAACCCUUUUAACUUUAAAUACCAGUUGCAGAGAGGAUAGCCUCAAAGCUUCCAACAAGAGAGAGAGAGCGAGGACAUGGCAGAGUGCAAUGUCGACCCUUAUGAAUUUUGGCAGAUUGAGGUCAACCCGGACGGCACCCUCACUCGCCACCGACACUUCCCCACCAUCGACGAAGAACCCCCUGAUUCAGCCGUGUUCACCAAAGACGUACCACUCAGCUCCACCAAGAACACCUGGCUUCGCAUCUACCGACCCAAGCAACUUCCACCCUCCACUCCCAAACUCCCCGUAAUAAUCUACUAUCACGGCGGCGGCUUCGUCUUCGUCAGCGCAUCCUGUUCCAUCGUCCACAACUUCUGCUCCAACAUGUCUGCCCAGUUACCCGCGGUUGUCGUCUCCGUCGAAUACCGCCUCGCUCCCGAACACCGUCUCCCCGCCGCCUACGAAGACGCCGUCGAAGCCAUCCAUUGGUUGAAAAAUGAGAAUCAAUUACAAGCAGCGGUGGCGGAUCAUGAUCUGUCACGGUGCUUCCUCAUGGGUGACAGCGCAGGUGGUAAUAUUGCUUACCACGCCGGCUUACGUGCCACAAAGACAGAGCCCUUGAAGAUCGUCGGGGUUAUCUUGCACGAGCCGUUCUUUGGUGGGUUGGAGAGGACGGGAUCGGAGCUGAGAUUGGUCAACGAUCAGGUGUUGCCGUUGUCGGGAACCGAUCUGUGUUGGGAGUUGUCGUUGCCACUUGGGUCCAAUCGUGACCAUUGGUACUGCAAUCCGACGAUGGUUGAUGAGAAUACAGAGGAAGGGAGAGGUGUUGGGUUGUUCGGGAGGUGUUUGGUGACGGGUUGGGAAGGGGAUCCGUUGAUCGAUAGGCAGAGAAUUUUGGUGAAGAUGUUGGAGGGGAAGGGGGUUGAUGUGGUGGCUCGAUUCCGGGAGCGUGGGUCCCAUGGACGGGAGGCCUUUGAUCCCGACGAGGCUCAGGUCCUGUUUACGAAAUAUGAGAUCUCCAAGAACCCCAACCCCCAAAAGUACUACUAUAAUCUGGAAUGAAGCAGAGCUAAUAUCAUUCAUCAAUCACAUGAUUGAUAAUGUCAGAAAAGGUUUGAAGAUAAACUCCACAUUCACAAAGGUUGGUUGGGACAACAUUACAACAGGGCUUGAAGCCGAAUUCAAACAAUCCUUUGCAAGCAACUACGUAACAAGAUGAAUAAGUUACGGAAGGAGUACAACAGCCUCAGAUCUUUGUUAGAAACAACUGGUUUUGGAUGGGAUGCGAAUGCUCGGACUGCCACAGCUGAGGAUUCAGUGUGGGAAUCUACUAUUCAGGUAUGACAUAAUCUUUGAUUAAUAGUUGGAUUUUUAUUUACUUUUUGAACAAAAUGGGAUGAUUAAUUGAAAAAAUUUUGAAGGAAACAAAGAUUGGGCAAAGUAUAGAAGAAAUGAUCUCCCCUGGUGACCAGAGUUGUUAGAGAUAUUCUCCAGCUCUAGUGCCCGUGGGGAUAGAGGUCUGUCACAAGCAACUACUGUAACUCCUAGGUCCACUAACCCUGAAAUUGAUGAUGAUUUCCAGGAUACUAAUAAUGAUGACAGUGAUGUUUUGUACUGGGACACCCAAGGGGUCAGCUCCUUCAAAGCGGCGACUUGAUAGGACUCCUAUGGAUCGUAGGAGGAAGAGCCAAGCAUAGACCCUCACGAACUCCACUGAGGACUUUAGAACCUUUGUCCGAUGGAGGAUGGAAAGGGGAUCCACCUCUGACACACUUAUUAUGUUUUGCCUACUAUGAAUGAUGUUGAUGUUUGACUUAUAUUGCUUUAUUAUAAUUUGAUUACAUGUGCUUCAGACUUACAGUAGUGUAGAUAUGUUAGAUAUAGUACCAGAUUUACAAGUAAUGCAUCUGAAUUUGGAUUAUCAUGAGUGUAGGAUUGUUGGAUGAUUUUCUUGCCUACAUUUCAUAUUGGAAUGUAGGCACUCAACAUAUAUACAUGACUGUUUAGGAUUGUCAAAUAUUAUGCUUUUUAGCUUGGUGUGUGUUUCUUUGUAACUUUGGGAUAUAGGAUCGUAUUAAUUUCACUAUAUGGACAGGAAAGUAAGUAGUUGUCAAUUAUUACAAUUUCUGGAUGAAUUGUUGCUUGUUAGUAGGUUUGAAAAAAAUUUAAGAUGCAGAUAUUACAUAUGGACAAUUAAGCUAAUGCUUAUGAAUCCUUGUAGGCAAGUUUAGGAAAGUGUUAUUUUUUCUUCAUUUAAACAAUCAAUGCUAUUGGAUGGAACAUUUAUGGACUUUAUGCCUUUACAUAUUGAAUGUGUCUAUUAAUACAGGGAUGUCAAAUCAAUUUGCAACCGACAUCACAGGGUCAUUGUCUGACAAUGAUGACAUGGUUGUAGUACACCAAUUCCAAAGCAUGCUCAGUAUGUAUAGGGUGAGAAAAGCUCUGAAUCAUAGUUGUUACACAAGACCUGUUAGGGUAGUUGAGGUUCUUGUAGGCCAAGAUGAUGUGUGUUACCAAGCGUUUAGACUUAAGAGACAUGUAUUUCUCAACCUGCGAGAUCGAUUGGUACAUAAAGGCUGGUUAGAGGACAGUUGUUUCAUUUGAGUAGAUGAGUAGUUAGCGAUUUUCCUCAUGAUAAUAGGUCAAGGUUUGAGUAAUAGACAAACGCAACAGCGAUUCAAUCGGUUAGGACAGAUGAUUAGUGUUGUCUUCCACACGAUGUUGCAAGUUAUGCUAAAUUUGUCGCUUGAGAUAAUCAGGCCACCAAAUUUUGAUGUGUACCUCCAGAGAUAGCCAACAAUCCAAAGUACUGUCCAUAUUUUAAGGUAACUGCGACUUCUGGUAAUAACAAGAUUAUUCAAUGUUUCCAAUGAAAUAUCAAUGCAAUUUACACAAUUAUAUGGACUAACCUCAGUUGAAUGAAAAAUAGGAUUGCAUUGGUGCUAUUGAUGGCACCCAUAUAAGUGUCAUCGUACCUAGGUCGAAAGAAACACGUUAUCGUAAUCGGAAGGAUAUGAUCACAUAGAAUGUUAUGUGUACAUGUUCAUUCAAUAUGCGAUUCACAUUUGUGUAUGCAGGUUGGGAGGGUAGUGCACACGAUGUAAGGGUCUUUGAGGCAGCAAGAACUAAUGAUACCCUAGGGUUUCCUCAUCCCCCAUCAGGUAUAAAUGUAUUAUGAACUUAUGUAUUGUCCUUCCGCAUAUAGUAGACAGGGAAUAGGGAUCUAAUCCCAUAAAUGUUUUCGUAAUAAUUGAAGGCAAAUAUUAUGCUAUUGACUUGGGCUACGCUAGUCAACUAGGGUACUUGGUGCUAUUCCGGGGACAAAGGUAUUACUUACAAGAUUAUGGUGAAGGUAGACCUGGGCAAAGAACAGCUAAGGAAUUGUUCAAUCACAGACACUCUUCACUACGGAAUGUUAUUGAGAGGAAAUUCGGCGUCUUAAAAAAUAAAUUCCACACAUUAAAAAGUAUGAAGGCAUACGAUAUUGAAGAUCAGUCAAGAAUCGUACUCGCUUGUUGUGGGAUCCACAAUUACAUUAAGGAACAAGCAAUUCAAGAUCAAUUAUUCAAUGAGCUUGAAAACAAACAACAUAUUGACAACCCUAUGAAUCUUGAUACUCAUGCGUACCAUGUUUUAGCAUCUGAUGUCUCUCAAAGACGAUCUACGAGACAAAUGUCCAUAGUGCGCCUUAAUAUAGCCAACCAAUUGGCAAUUUCAAGUAGAAUGGCUACGAUUUCGUUAGAUCGAUCUUGAAUGUUUGCUAAUCACAUUCAUUAUAUAUUAAAUGUUUGACACAAAAAUUAUGGCACCUAUUUUCUUCGAAUGUGUGUAUGUGGUGUUAGUAAAAAUACUUUUGUUCGCCUCACACUAUUUACAUUGGUAUGAUUUGUAAUCUUUGUGCUCUACAAAUGUCUUCCAUUGACACCGUAAUGGCAAGGUGUGACUGAUGUAAUCAUUUGUGCGAUAAGUUCACAACGAAAAAUGGGCCUAAUAGAGAUAGAUCAUACUUCAAAUGUCCAAGGCAUAGUGAAUAUUUUAUGUGGGUAGAUGAAUUUCGCUUAUGUGAUUGUGGUGAGGGACAGUGUAAGGUACGCAUCGCGAAGACAACAGCAAACUUUAAUCGUCGUUUCUGGUGUUGCCCUAAAUCUAAUGGGAUAUAAUUAUUGUUUUUUAUUUUUUGAAAGUACUAUUUGGCCUAUAUUAUCUGAAUACAUUUCGCAAUUAAGUUGAUAAAUAAUUGCAGCCCCAUUAUCGAGGUUGCAAUUUUUUUGAUGGAUUUAUGGAGACAGCAAUUCGACAAGUGCACAAUCUUCCAAUUGUGGAACAAGCAAUUCAAUGGUUGGAGCUCAGUCUUCUCCAACAACACCUUCCUCUAAUUUUGUGAAAGGUUACUUGGAAAGAGCAAUCAAAGGUGGAGAGGAGAAGUCUAAAGUACUGAAAAACGAAAUGGAUGUGUCUGAGGAAAAGCAAAGGAUAUAUACCGAUAUCCUGGAGGCCAUUAAUUACAUGGACAUAAAUAAAGGUGAUAGUUAGAGGGUAAUGACCAACUAUUGGGAACUUGUAAGACAUUUAGCAUAACCAGAAUAUUUGCAUUUUAAUCUAAUAUUAUUGGUUGACAUUUCUCGUUUUGUAAAAUUAUGAUGUAAGUUUCAAGUAACGAAAUUGGUAGCUUGGUGGUUUGUCUAGGUAAAAUGAAGGGUUAUGAGUUUCUAUGGAAAGUAACAAAAGUGGAAUUAUUUUCAUUAAAAUCCUUAUUCUAUCAGAAACGUUCUCAGAAACAGCAUUUGUCAAACACCUUCUUACCCGUUUCUGUUUCCAAAAAUAAGAAUUAUCAAACACCUUUCUUACCAGUUUCGGUUUCCAGAAACAACAAUUUCUGUUUCUACAGUUUCUUAAAACAGAAACGGCAAAAACGUUAUCAAACGGGCCCUUUAAUUUGGCCGGGCCUUGUUCAAAGGGUAGAAGGGUAUGUGGAAAAUACCCUUACUCUCUAAGGCUAAGAGGUUAGUGUUAAUUAAAUCUAUUCUCCGUUCUAAACCUACAAACUGGAUGUCUUGUUUUUACUUCCAAAUUCAAUAUGUUAUAAGUUGGAUUCUAUUACUUCAAAGUUUUGGAGACGGGAGGGAAAGGAUCAGUAUAAAUAAAGUCCUAUGUCAUGGAAGUUGCUAUGUUAACCUAAAUCCCAUGGUGGCCUUGGCUUUAGAUUAUGUUCAAUGCACAAUAAAGCUUUACUUCUUAAUAUAGCUUGGCGUCUUCUUAAAAAUCAUGAUCAGUUAUGGGCUAGGAUUCUCAAAGGGAGAAAAUUUCCUAAUUGCACCCUCUACUUUACAUAGAAAAUGUUCUCUGAUUUGGAAGGGUUUAACAAAAAUAUUUCCAUUCUUGCAACAGCUAAUUUGUUGGAAAGUAGGUGAUGAUUCUAAUAUUUUGAUUUGGCAAGAUCCUUGGAUUCCCUAUUUGAGUAAUUCUAGAAUCCCUAAUACUAUUUCAAUUAAUCCCUUCUACUCUUAAGGUAAAUGAGCUCAUUCAAGAUGGUAGUUGGAAACUUGGAACGUUAAUCUUAUUCAGUCUCUUUUACUUAGAGCCCGUUUGGUAUCGUUUCUGUUCCAGAAACUCCGUUUCAUGUCAAAAACGAAAAUUUCAGUUUCUGUGUCAAAACGCCGUUUUUAAACGAUUUAAGGAUGUUUGGUGAAUCUGUUUCUGAAACAGUUUCAGAACAGAAAACCGACAGUUCUGCCGUUUGGUUAUGCUUGUUUUAGAAACCUUUUUUUUUUUAAGUCAAUAGUUAGAGAAAUAACAUUAAAAUAAGA